CAAAUUUCAAAUCGUAAUGCCUUGAUAAAACAUGUUCAAACAUUUGAAGCUGCAAAUAGAUAUGGAAUUUCUAUUGCUAAAUCAAAGAAAAAUAUUGUAUACUUAGCUUGUAAUUAUAGAGAAGAGUAUCAAAACUGUCUAAACCUUACUAGUGAGACACAUAAACUAAAAACUAGCUUUAGGCUUAUAGACUGCCCUUUUGCUCCUUGUAAAAAGAAAGGAUAUGAUGAUCUAUAG